AUGGCGGCGCUGGGCGGAGGAUGGGCGGACGCCUUGCGCAAAGCGGCGCAGGUCAAAACGGAGCAAUGGCCGCCAUUUGAGGCGGCGGCCGCCAAGCCCAAGCGCCAAUGGCCGGCGGUCGCUCUCCCCCUCGCCAGUGCUUCAGCGUGCGCCGUUUCCGCCGCCUCCGCCUCGCCUGCGCAGACGCCGCGCGCAGGUUCCGCGCAAGCUGCGCCGCUUGGGGCGAAACCCGCUUCCGCCAAGGUCCCCGAAUUUUCGCCUUCCGCCCAGCACUCUCCGCCCGCUUCCCCGAAUACUCCCCCGACGUCCAGCGGCGUUCACGCCGGCACGGUUCCCGCACGAGCAAAGGUGGUGGCGCAGGGACCAUGUUCCGCCACGCCCGCGCCGUCCGCGCAGGAGAUGCGCGCCCUUGAGGAGGCGAACGCGCUGUUAACUGCUCUCUUCGGCCCGAACGCAGAUCUUGCUGCGGUUAGCGAAAGUCGACGGAAUCCGUCCGACAAACGAUUUCCGUCAGCUGACGGCGCUGAGCCGUCGCCACGACCCGCAAAAACCGGCGAGAAACACUCGAAGCCGCAAAACGAGCAGCGCUGCCAGUCCAAAGUCCCCGCGAGCCCGCGCCCGCCUCCGGCGCAAAGGCGCUCAGCGGGCGGCGCGGGGAAGAAGAGCUUCGCGCGUGGCGCGCAGUCGCCCAGAGUAUCUGUUCCUUCAGCGCGGCCGGCUGGUGCGCCGUUUUCUGCCGCGGAAUUGCCGGCGCCGUCAAGUUUCUACGCCGGUCUCUCUUCCAGCCGAGCCGUUGGCGGCGAAUCUCCGGUUGUUGCGCUGUUCGAGGGGGAAGCGACGUUUCCCGCGAUCAUGGCGGAGCUCUGGGCGCUCCAAGGCGGGCGCAAGGCGGAAGGCGCAAAGGCUGCAGGUGCGGGCGCGGAGAGGCGCGAGCGCCGCCAAGGCGUGAAGAAGGGAGAGCAGGGCGAUGAAUCGGCGGCGCAAGGGGCAGGCGCAACGUUGGCGUUGGGACGAGGACACGCGGAAGCGAACGGACAGGCAGGCAGCCUGCGGGAAUCUGAGCUUGCGCCUCCCCCCGAAUUGCGCGCUCUAAAGGGGAACGGAGCGGAUGGUUGCGCGUCGCGCGGCGCGAAGCUGACUUCACCCUCAAACGAGGCGGUGACACUUGGCGUUGAACGCGCGCCGGUCGCCAAUGCCACGUCACCAGUUGAAGCGGAAGCAACUGCGCUGCUCGAUAUGGUCACAAAGCUCCUGUCCACCGAUAAGAAUGUGACUGUAAACGGGGGUGAGUGUACCGAGAUGAUUAAGGGGACAGUAGAGAAGUUUAAGCAGGAGCUUCUGACGAAGCUUCCUGGGCGAGAUGCGGGGGAGGUGGCGGGCGGGGGACAAGGGAAGGGGGGUCCCGGCGCGGGGGUGGAUGGGGGGAAACGCGGGGUCGCGAUUGCGCGGAUGGCGCCGGUGAAGCUGGAACAUGGGGAAGAGGAGGGCAUGGGGGAAGGAGGAAGCGCGCGAGAGGGAGAAGAGCAGCAACAGGCCUUCCAGCCGCCUUUCCAGCCGCCUUACCAGCAGCCUUUCUUAUUCACAGCGACCACCCAGUCUCGAGAACCGAGUGCUGCCCCGGAAACUGUUCACGUGCCAGAUGGCGGGUUCUCACUGGACCAUCCUGUUGCGUGUGCCAUGUGGGAGCCCUCGACAUCAGGCUCGGUGGCUGCAUCGGCAAGCGACUACACGUGGGCUGCCGGGCCUGCGGUCGCACCAGACUCCUCGCCAGCUGAUGCUCAGCGCGCCGCAGAUUUCGCAGCAGAUUUUCCACUGCCGGUUCAUACGGAUGCCUGUCUGAAUGCCGCUGCAGCCAUCACAGAGCUCCCACUCUUCCCAGCUUCAGCAGCUGCUAGAGAAGCAGCUGCUGCCAUCUCAAGCCUCGGAACGGAGGAGAAGAAGGGUGUUUUGGCUCGACUCAAGGCGGAGCUGCGAGCGAGCAUAUUCGAGGUAAUCGACGACAAGGACAAGACGGCGAGCGGCGACGAGCAACGCGCCGUGAGAGGCGGCUGCAGCGAGCAAGCGAAGAACCUGCACGACUCCAAAACGGGUCAUCUGCUCACGGCGCUGCUGUGCGAGUACCUCGAGUGGGGGGAGAUGGACCAUACCCUCAAAGUGUACCUCUCGGAGUGUAACCUGCCACCGGUGUACCCGCGCCGACCAAAGCUAGAGGACGAGCUCGGCCUGCCGUCGUCCAAUGCCAUCAUGACACCUGGCGGUGCCACGCGGCCGCUGCUGCACGAGCUGAUUGACGCCUACUUCACUCUCAAGGCACAAGUCAAGUCAGGCGCCACAGGCACAUCGUCAUCUGGAGGCGGGCUGCUCUCUCGUGCCACUGCUCGUAGCUCUAGCCCCUCAGCCGGUCAGAGGUCCCCCAGAAGCACCUCGCCGCUCACGCGUGGCUUCAGCAGUGCGUUUGGUCGCAGCAGCAGCGGUGGGGGCGAGCGCGAGCGGUCCUCCUCAGGUAGCCGGCGCAGCAGCAGCGGCGGCAGGGCGGUGCCUGAGCCGGCGUCCAGAGGUGAAAGCGACACUGAAAGGGGCGGCGGCGGGGGCGCGUUUUCCAAGCUGCCAAUUUCGUUGCUACGUGACAUCCCUUCCGCGGAUGAGGAAAACCCGGGAGAGUUCACCGCGGUUUACCCUUCCGAUUUGCGCAUCGCCAACCCUAAGGAAGUAACCAGCACUGCAGACGAAAUAGAUAAGCUUCGCAAGGACGAGAAGGAUCGCCAGAGGCGUCGUCGCCGGACCUGCUGCUGCCGCGUCGCAUGCUGGUCGCUCAUCGUCCUCGCCGUCGUUAUCGUCGGCCUAGGCGUCGCAGGGCUCGUCGCAUACCUGACAGUCUCGAAGCAGCAGCCAGAGGUGAAGGUCGAGCAAAUCAACAUCAUCCGCGUCGGCAUCACCAAAACGGGCGGCGGCUUCCUGGGCCUCGAAAACUUCCGCCUGGGCCUAUCCGCGUUAGUAAACGUCACCGCGCUCGUGUAUAACCCCAACAACUGGGACGUGGAAGCGGAAAACAUCAGCAUCGACGUCAAAUUCUUCGACAUGCAUGUUGCGAAUGUAACCCUCCCUGGCGUUGUGGGCAUGAGCAAGGGUGGGAGCGCGGAGUUGACUGUUCCCCUUGAUAUUGUCGACGCGCCCCUGGCGACGCUGAGUCCCGCGAGCCUGCUGACGACGCCGCUGCUGCAUGGGCGCGCGGAAAUGCGGGUGGUGGUUGGCACUGCAGCGCGCGUGAAAUACUGGGGCAUCUCGUCGCCGCGCGUUAUAGUGCAUGUGGAAUGCACGAUGCAGCUGGACCCGUUUUCCGCUAAGAAGUACAACGAGCGGUGUACACCCAGCAUCUCACUGUGA